UGCACUUUGUUAAAAUGUUUAGUUUUUUUUUAUAGAUAUACAAUAGUCCUAACCAAUACAAUUAUUUAACAGCAAUUUAAUGUAACUCGGUCAUUUCAGUAAGGGCCAGGGGGUAGGGAUUCAGUUCAAUUCAGAAGUAGUCAAGAAUAAUGACUCAAGAUCAUCAAGAAGGCAUUAGUAUUUAUGUUGGUGUCGGGACUGUCGGCUCCCUGUGGCUGCUUCAAUUAACUUCAAUGGCCGAGUUAAGAGCACAAUAUCAGGUGUCCGAAAAUAGCAGUAGCAGCAGUGGGCGUAAAUUAGGUUUGGCACUGAUUGGCUUAACUGGUGGAGCUGCUGUUGCCUUGAGUGUUAUUGCUGCACCUUUUGUCACUCCUGCAUUAAGAAAAGUUUGUCUGCCAUAUGUUCCAGCAACAACUGAGCAAGUCAACAAUGUUUUAAAAGCUCUAAGGGGUCGAUCUGGUCACCUAGUUGACCUUGGGAGUGGUGAUGGACGAAUUGUGGUUGCUGCUGCACGUGAAGUGAAUUUGAAAGGUUUAGGAGUAGAGUUGAAUCCUUGGCUAGUUUGGUACUCCCGCUGGGCUGCUUGGAGGAAUGGAGUCUCAUCUUCAACUUCUUUCAUCACACAUGAUCUUUGGAAAUUGAACCUUUAUCAGUAUAACAAUGUUGUCAUAUUUGGUGUUGAAGAGAUGAUGCUAGAAUUGGAAUCCAAACUGGCACAAGAGCUGAAACCAGAUGGCUGUGUUGUUGCUUGCCGUUUUCCUCUACCAUCGUGGCAACCAAAUACUACUAUUGGAGAGGGUAUUGAUACAGUAUGGUUGUACAGAAGACCAGAAGUGGUAGAUCAAAAGGAUACCAAUACAACAAAAUGAAAUAUAAUGGCAAAGUAAAAUUAAGAUGACACAUGACUGCAAGAUGAUUAAAAGUGUGUACAGUACAGUAUAUAUAUUGACUCAAUAAAAAUAUUCACCAA